UUUUGUAACUGAGGUCCUUGGAUGAUUGAAGAUAUAAGUUUAUGUCUGCCUCGAUGGAUGGCCGUUUCUCUUUCAAUUCAUUAUUCAAGUUAAGCUUGCUUUCUAUCGCUCAUAUUUCAAUCCAAAAGCAUAGUACAAAUCAUCACUCAUUUACUACUUUACAAAUAUAUAAUACAUCAAAGCAAAUAUCAAAAUGAAGACUCCACAAUACUUAACGCUCUUGCUCCUCCCAAUUUCCGUCCUAGCUACGCCAAUCCUCAGAGGCAGCAGUGGAAAUGUCAAAGCUGCAGCCGGUGCAAGUGCAUGCGCACCAAUGAUGCUUAUAUUCGCUCGCGGAACCACAGAAACAGGAACUCUCGGUACCGUCGCCGGACCUCCAUUAGUUGCCGCCCUUGGUCAAGUCGCUGGAGGAGCCAGCAAGGUGGCUGCACAAGGUGUUCCUUAUCCUGCCGAUAUCCCGGGAUUUUUAGCAGGAGGUGAUGCAAAUGGAAGCAAAAUGAUGUAUGCCUCCCCGCAUUCAUUAAAUAAUCAACCACUAAUUAUAUACCAUAGGGCUCAAAUGAUAUCAACAGCCGUCACAAACUGUCCGCAGUCAAAAAUUGUCAUGUCAGGCUACUCUCAAGGAGGCCAACUCGUACACAACGCCGCGAAAAUGCUUCCCGCAGCCACCAUGGCCAAAGUGAGCGCCGUCGUCAUUUUCGGUGACCCAAGUAAAUAAAGUCCUCCCCAAACUAUUCACCCCAUACACUAACACAUGAUAGACAACGGAUCACCAGUCGCAGGCGCAUCAGCGGCAAAAACUAAAGUUAUCUGCCAUACCGGUGAUAAUAUUUGCGCACAUGGAGAUUUGAUUUUAGCGCCUCAUUUGACAUAUGGCAUGGAUGCUGGUACAGCUGCGGCUUUUGUUAAGACGGCGACUGGUAUGUAAUGAAUGAAUGAAUCGAUGGGAUGGGCUGGGCCUGCUCCUCGCAACUUCCGUCAUUGCGAUUUGGUUUUCAUGUGGGGAUUAUGAAGUCGGUGUUAGUAUUAUCCAAGGAAUUGGAUUUAAAAAACGGCUGUUUUGGUGCACUGAUUGUAUAUUCGUUAUUUGUAUUUG